UCGCAGGUGGUAGUGACUUUAGGGCGCAUGCACGGGGCUGGGGGUCGCGGGGCCGCGGCGGGGCGCGAGGACGAGUCGGCGGCAGAGUUGCGGAGCGCGUCGGUCGAGCUGGAGGUGCUGAGUUUCUCGCCGAGGGCCUCGCUGCUCUGAGUGCGCGCCCCUCCGCGGCCUCCCGUCGGAGAUGAGCGUCGCACGGCGCUCGGUCGUCGGGGGACCCCGGGCCGCCCUGGCACUUGGCCUCGCCCUCGUGGCCCUACUCGGGCUACCGCGGGCUGCCCUGGCGAUCGACCUGGCCAGGCUGUACGGUCACGUGCCCGUCAAGCGCACCGAUGGCGAAUCAUGUCACCCUUACAAGCCCUUUAAAUGCCCGGAAGACGAUACGUGCAUCUCAAUACAAUACCUUUGCGACGGAGCACCAGACUGUCGAGAAGGCUACGAUGAAGAUCCAAGACUUUGCACGGCCGCCAAAAGACCACCUGUGGAGGAAACAGCGAGCUUCUUACAGGCACUACUUGCCAGCCACGGGCCUAAUUAUCUUGAAAAACUAUUUGGCAGUAAGGCGAGAGAUGCUCUUGCUCCACUCGGAGGAGUAAAUAAGGUCGCAAUAGCCCUAUCUGAGUCGCAGACAAUCGACGACUUUGGAGCGGCUUUGCACCUGAUGCGCUCGGACCUAGAACAUCUGCGUUCGGUUUUCAUGGCAGUGGAGAAUGGUGACAUCGGCUUACUAAAGUCUCUUGGCAUCAAAGACUCCGAGCUGGGCGACGUUAAGUUCUUUCUCGAGAAGCUCGUCGACACUGGCUUUCUCGAUUAAUGUGUUCGAAGCACAACUGUGCGGUCGACACAUCGGUUGUUCUUACAAAAUAAGUCCAAUACACCGAUAUACCAACUUAGCACAAAGAACCUGACGUCAGCUCUAUCCUUCCAAGUUUUUUUACCAAAGCCAUCAUCUAUUCAUGCAGUGCGAUUCAUCUCGGAAUAAAUAAAAAUGUGCACUUGGAAAGAAUGAAAAAAAAAACAAAAAAAAAAACAAAAAAAAAAUGAAAAACUUAAAUUGAACUUGUGAAGAAUCGAGUCGAAGUUAAGCAUUUUUUUACGAUUCAAAUUAUUCGCAAUUCUUUUUACGUAAAUGAAAUGGUCAAGCAAUCCCAUGUGUUUUACUGACAAUUACAUAAAUGAAAGUAAAAUGAUGACAUUACAGGUGAUGUGAAAAUGAAAGUGAAAAAUUUAAUCGAUUUUAGAAGCUAAUAACCAAUUAUUUCGUAUUGAUUAUGCAUUGGUUAACGAAAGCUACAGUUAAAAGAAAAAUCACAAAAUUAACUUUAACGACAUUCACCCUGUAAUACAUACCGAGAAGAAAAUUUCCGAGCGUACGCAUAUAAACAUUAAAACAUAACAGCUUCUUAAGAAAUAAAGCAAAUUAAAAGAAAGAACAAACGUAUAAGUACAUUUAGCCAAGAUUAAAUUGAAAGUUGAAAGUUAAAAGUUAAUUUUAAUAAUGAAGAUUGCCU